AUGGUAGAGGAGGUCCCAAUUCAGACUCCCGUCACACCAGAGAAUGCUGAGGGCGAGACCCUUCUUGUUCCAAAGGACAACAUUCAACAGGAAGAAGACAAGGUAAAGGAGGAGAAAGCAGAGGAAGCUGUAAAUGAGGAAGAGAAGGCAGAGCAACCAAAAGAAACAGAGCAACCAAAAGAAACAGAGCAACUAAAGGAAACUGAGCAACCAAAAGAAACAGAGCAACCAAAGGAAACAGAGCAACCAAAAGAAGCCGAGCAACCAAAAGAAGCUGAGCAACCAAAAGAAACAGAGCAAAACCUUCUUGCCUUCUGA